AUGUGGCGCGGCGCGCGGGUCCUUGUACUCGCGGCGCUGGGCCUGCUGGCCGCGUCUUCGGUCGAUGCACAGAUCCCCAAGAAGUUCAACAUCACCAUUGGUUACCUGCCCUCUAUUAAGGGCGAGCUCAGAUCGAGACAGGGUCUCGCCAUUUCUGGAGCCCUAUCUAUGGCUCUCGAAGAGAUUAACAACGGUACUGACCUGUUACCCGACGUGCACCUCUCGUUGGUGUGGAACGACACCAAGUGCGAUACGGUGACGGCGACGAAGCUCCUAACCGAUAUGAGCUGUUCGGGGGUGGUCGCGUUCUUUGGACCAGAGGGCCGUUGCCACACAGAGGCCAUUAUAGCACAGUCCCAAAACUUGCCGAUGAUCUCAUAUAAAUGUUCCGACUAUCAAACGUCUAAAUUGCCUAAUUUCGCGAGAUUGGAGCCCCCCGAUGCACAGGCAACGAAAUCGGUUAUUUCACUGUUACGAUACUACAGAUGGAAUAAGUUCUCAAUAUUGUAUGAGGAGUCGUGGGUGACGGUGGCUUUGACGCUGGAGAACCACGCCAAGAAGAAUAAUAUGACUGUCAACCAUCAAAGACCGGUAAUAGAUGGCUUUAAAUGCUGUGAAGAGAAGAUGAGCUGUUGUGCACCAGGGUUCUGGUACCAGUUUAUACAAGAGACCAAGAAUAGGACUAGAAUAUAUGUGUUCCUCGGAUCGCCGGGUGGGUUGAAUGACAUGAUGACGGCUAUGGAGUCAUUGCAACUGUUUGUGAAGGGAGAGUAUAUGGUUAUAUUUGUUGACAUGAUGACGUAUACGGCAAAGGAUUCGUUGAAAUAUUUAAUGAAGGCUGGAGACCACGGACACGGGCAUGGGCCGGAGGAUUUUUGUCAAAAUACUCCAGAAUUUAGAAAGAGGGCACAGUCGCUCUUGGUCGUAGUUUCGUCUGAGCCCGAACGGAGUUAUGAGAACUUUACGAGCAAAGUUCAAGUGUAUAACACGGAGGCGCCUUUUGAGUUCCCUCUGCCGGCAGUUUUUGAAAAAAAAUUUAUAAAGUAUGUGUCAAUAUAUGCGGCGUAUCUUUACGACUCGGUGAAGUUGUAUGCGACGGCGUUACACAAUUUGAUUGAAGAGGAAACUCUUAAGAAGAACGAAACACUCACACAUAAGAGAUUAAUGAGUAUCGCUACUAAUGGGACACGAAUUGUUUCCAAAAUGAUCGAAAUUACGCCGUUUAAAAGUGUAUCUGGAAUGUCGAUACGUCUGGACGAACGAGCCGACUCCGAGGGGAACUUCUCAGUUCUGGCCUUCAAGCCAAUCAACUCCAGCGACAAUUUGGUCAAUUGCACUCAUAGUAUGAUACCAGUGGGGCACUUCCAACAGUGUACGAGGGAAUUUCCUGAAUACAAAUUAAAUCCGAAAUUCCCAAUCGACUGGCCGGACAGCGUUAAACCGGAGGACGAACCGUCUUGUGGGUUCUUAAACGAGAAAUGUCCUAAAGAUGAUUCCCAAAUCACGUCCCUAGUCGUCGCUGGGACGUUAGCGGUGGCUUUAUUUUGUACCCUCGUGGUGACAAUUAGCAUUUACCGUAAGUGGAAGAUCGAGCAGGAGAUCGAGGGACUCUUGUGGAAGAUCGAUCCGCAUGAGAUUGGGGGGUAUUUGGGGAGUGGCUUCGUUUGGUCGCCCAGUAAGUUAAGUUUGGCAAGUGGUAUAUCCGGAGAGAGUAAAUGCUGUACCCAGAUAUUCACGCCCACAGCCCAGUACAAGGGAAAUGUAGUUAGGAUUAAAGAGCUUAAGUUCUCAAAGAAAAAGGACAUAUCUCGGGAAGUGAUGAAAGAAAUGCGCCUUUUGCGCGAUUUGAGACACGACAACCUUAAUUCGUUUAUUGGCGCGGUCGUUGAGCCCUUACGCAUCUUGCUGCUCACGGACUAUUGCGCUAAGGGAAGCUUAUAUGAUAUAAUAGAAAAUGAGGAUAUAAAGUUAGAUAAGAUGUUCAUAUCGUCAUUGGUGCAUGAUCUCAUUAAGGGUAUGAUUUUUAUCCACACGUCGCCAUUGAUGUAUCAUGGAAAUCUCAAAUCUUCAAAUUGUGUUGUCACCUCAAGAUGGAUGCUGCAGGUAACUGAUUUUGGACUUCAUGAGAUAAGGAAUAGUGCCGAAAACGAUUUUAUUGGAGAACAUCAAUAUUAUAGAGGUUUACUUUGGAAGUCUCCGGAAUUGUUGCGACAAUUGGAUUAUCCCAACGGUAAUGUGGGCGGGACGCAGAAGGGAGACGUGUACGCGUUUGGAAUUAUUUUGUACGAGAUUAUCGCACGUCGGGGCCCCUUCGGAUUUACUUCUUUGGAACCCAAAGAGAUCGUGGAGCGAGUAAAGCGUGGUCCAGAAAAUUUAGACGGAUCGGAGGCUUUUCGUCCUGACUGGCGGACACUACAGGGUGAUGUGGAGGACUUUGUGUUGGGCGUAAUGCGGGAUUGUUGGACUGAAGAACCAGCCUUACGACCUGACUUCCCCACUAUUAGAUCGAGGCUCAAGAAACUCAAGUCGGGCAAGUCAAGAAACAUCAUGGACCAAAUGAUGGAUAUGAUGGAGAAAUACGCGAAUAAUUUAGAAGAACUAGUCAAUGAGAGAACGAGGCUAUUGAUAGAAGAGAAGCAGAAGACGGAAGAUUUACUUCACAGAAUGCUACCAAAGUCAGUCGCACGUCGUCUCACGACGGGUGAGGGGGUGGAGCCGGAGUCGUUUGACGCAGUCACGAUUUACUUCAGCGAUAUCGUUGGCUUCACGUCCAUGUCUGCUGAGAGCACUCCGUUACAAGUCGUCAAUUUCCUAAACGAUUUGUACACCGUAUUCGAUAGGAUUAUCAGAGGCUACGAUGUCUACAAAGUGGAGACAAUCGGUGAUGCCUACAUGGUGGUAUCCGGUCUGCCGAUAAGGAACGACGAUAGACACGUCGGGGAGAUCGCCUCUAUGGCGUUGGAGCUUCUUAACGCCGUCAAGAGUCACAAGAUAUCGCAUCGGCCCAACGAAAUACUUAAAUUGCGGAUAGGAAUACAUACAGGCGCAGUAGUGGCUGGAGUAGUAGGUCUGACCAUGCCACGAUAUUGCCUAUUCGGGGAUACGGUCAACACGGCUUCUCGCAUGGAAUCGAACGGGGAGCCCCUGCGCAUACACAUAUCGCCCUCGUGCAAGCAGGCUCUUGACAAGAUUGGGGGAUACAUCGUUGAACCACGAGGAUCUAUUCCUAUAAAGGGCAAGGGAGUGUUGCAAACCUACUGGCUAGUGGGAGCGACAGAGAAGGCAAUACAAAAGCGGCUCGUGGAGGGAGAGGAACGGCCUCUGUUUUGUCGGCCACGUCGCAGUCCACGGCUCACUGAUUCCAGACAUCCAUCAAUAUCAGAGUUGCGUAACGAAUCUCGCGGGGUGAGACAGAGACUGCACAGUGGCGCCUCUUUGCCUGCGCACUCGACUAAACCACGUUUCGACAGGGAUUCGUCGCUACGACACAGAAAUGCCCUGAGUUCGAUCGCCUCCUCGGCGUGCGAGGGCGACGUGUGUUCAGGCGCAUGCGAAAACGCUCUACGUACGGCACGUUCACUCGACGCGCUCGCGAAACGAGAAAAGCCUUGUUUGCGCAGACACAAUACGACGCGUUCGCUCGACGCUGACGUUGCUAUAGCGACCAUUUGCGGACCGAUUUUCAACGGCAAUGCGAUCACAGAAGAAGCCAGAACGACAGAAGACAGCCCGCUUUUACGUAAAGCAAGUCUCACCAACCGCGAACGACCGCGUCGUAAGGUCCCCGAUUCGGAUUAUAUUGAGUUCUAUAAGAAAUGGCGGUCGCUCGAAAAUGUUGACGUGAAAGGCGAACGCGGGAAGAUGCCCCGUUUUGCGAUUCGGUCGUGGUUGUUAGGGAUCUUUAGCGGAGGCACUCGCAGUACUAAUUCUUCGCUGCGUCGGGCUCCUCCGCUUCUUGAUCGCGAGUCGGCCGUCUGA